AUGGUGCAGCUAAGUCCAGAGGAAGAAUUAGAAAAGCAAUAUCGAGAUUACAAAGCGCAAUUUGAGCAAUGGAAAGAAAAGAAUAAGAGUUCAGUGGGUACAGAAGCUUAUGAUGCAUAUGUGAAACAAUUUGAGGCUUGGGAACGAGAUGUUGAUCAACGACGUGAAAUGAUACGUGCUAAAGCAGAAAUCGAUGCCCAAGAGGCGCAGGCUGCUGCACAAGCUAAAGCGAAAGCAGCAGCUGAAGCAAAACUGAAGAAAGAGCAAGAAGCUGAGGAGGAACGAAAAAAGCAGCAAUUAGAAGCUGAAACAGCUGCACAAGCAGUAGCUUAUGCACAACAUCAACAAUCAUACCUUGCACAUCAUCAGACGGCUAUGCAGCUGGAGCAGCAAAUGCAUCAAGCAGCUGUAGCAGGUUCACAAGAAACCAUAUCUGUGCAUACAGGAGAAUCAAAAAGUGUUGACGAAGCCCUAGAUCCGACACACGUCGCCGAGAUGAUGAAACAUAUGGCACAGGUGGCUCAAAUGGUUAUGGGUGACCAGCGAGAUAAUGUAUAUCAGCAGGCGGCUCAACAGGCAACCAUAGUAGCACAGCAAGUAGUGCCACCUCCGCAGUUAUGGGGUAGUGACAGGAUAACCUAUGAUGCAAAUGAUCCGAUGUACAAAAGAUGGGGUCUACGAGCAGCUCCACCUUAUCACAAGCCGACUUACAAACCACCGCCUGCAGAUUAUCAAGUAACACCGUGCUGGUUAUAUGUAGAGCAGAUGAAAGAAGAGAAGCUUAUGCUUGCACCGCAAGUCAACAUGCCACCUCCACCAUUUGUACCUAACUUUGUCCCAUCAUAG